AUGGAGCCACAGGCAGAUCUUCGAGCACAAAAUCUCUUCAAAUUCGACCACCACGUUGCGCUGGUUACUGGGGGGGCCUCCGGCCUGGGCGAGAUCGCAGCGCAAGCAUUUGUGCAGAACGGCGCCAAAGUCUUUAUAGCUAGUCGAAAGGAGUCCGAGCUCAAACGGUGCGCUGCAAGGUUAAACAACCUUGGUCCCGGCAAAUGCGAGUAUAUUGUCGCCGACCUCAAAGACAAGGCUGGUUGCGAUCGACUGGCAGCAGAGGUCAAGAAGCGAACCGACAUUUUGACGGUCUUGAUAAACAACUCUGGCGCUACCUGGGGAGCUCCCUCAGAUGACUUUCCCGAACACGGCUGGGACAAAAUUAUGGCAUUGAAUGUGAAGGCAAUCUUCUACUUGACUAUCGCGCUCGUACCACUUCUCCAAAAGAGUGCCUCAGGGAAUUAUCCCUCUCGAGUCAUCAAUUUAGCAUCUAUUGCCGGGCUCUCGACGGGUGAUCCUACCGCCACUGGGGAAGGCGGUCUGUCCGUCGCGGGUAGUGGCGCUUACAGCUACGGUCCUUCCAAAGCAGCUUGCAUUCAUCUAUCUCGGCAACAAGCGUCUCAAUUUGCUCCGAAGAAUAUCUUGGUCAACUGUAUCUGCCCUGGGCUAUUCCCUUCUAGAAUGUCAAAUUUUGGCAUCCAAAAGAGCCUUGGGUUCUUCCUGAGCACUCAACCCACCGGCAGAAUUGGCACUCCUGAAGACUUUGCCGGUCUGGUCUUAUACCUUUCCAGUCGUGGAUCUAACCAUAUCACAGGUAAUGUGAUAGAGAUUGAUGGUGGAAGUAUGCGCAGUGGUUGGAGAUCCAAGCCAAAAGGAUCAAAAAUAUGA